GAUAGCAGUAAACAGAUGACGCAAUCUAAACUGGGCGCAUCUGAAUUUCUUCUCAGCAUCACGGUCAGUAGAAAAGUGGUGGCUGUACUGAGGGAGUCAUUCUUUAGGGGAAAACUUGUUUACGUUCAGUAUCAGCUGUGCACGUCACGACUGCGCGGAGUCAAGAAGCCAGUCAAGCCACGUUGGUCCAUCUUGAUCUUGAAAGGUGUGUAUGGGAGAACGCCGAUCCAAAGGCUACACCGACAGCAAGUGCUGGGUGACUCCCAACUCAAGCUCAAGCUCAAGCUCUGGGAGAACCUCACCUCAAGUCCACAACACCACAGCAAGCCGGGCACGAUGUUACGGUCGUUGUGUCGGCUUGCGGCACACAACAAAGUGGUCAGUUGUGCCCUCAGACCUACUGUUCAGGCCAGACCAUUGGAGACAAUUAGUGCACUUCCAAGAGUCAGUGCCAUUGUGUCCAGUCAAAAUUUGGUGUGUCGGUACAACACUGGUGUGAGGCAGACUACCCACCUCUCACUAAAGGGCGUCUCUGGAUUUCAGCCAUUUAACACUAAAUAUGGAGUGAUACCGAUUCUGACCAACUUGGGACCUCUUGCUCUGCCCUCCACGGGUGCCACUCCCAGCCGCUCUGUUGUAAAGUGGUCAUGGAAGAAGGGCAAGAGGAAGACUGUUAAAACUGUUUUGAAGCGAUUCAAGAGACUCCAUUGGGGAACACGAGGCAUAUGGAUCAGGGCUCGGGCAGGUGCCAAGAAAAGGAUGUGGAAGAAAUCUCCUGCCCAGAGGCGUCGAUGCAAGACACAUGUUUUCUGCAAUGCAACACAAUCUCUUUUGUUGGACAAAAUGGUGACGAGGUAUUGGAGGAGAAUGAGGCACUACCCUGAUGAUCCUUAUGCCCCCUACAUGAAGAGAGAAAACUUCAAGCUGACAAAUGGUUACCCAAAGGAGUUUUACUAGUGGCUGCACUGCACUGAGAGAGUAGUGUGUCAGGGGUAGGAUGCUUGCUUAUCACUUUAGUUCCAGAUCCAGAGUGGAAAGUCCUUGGCAACCUCCUAUGGGUACCUUUUUUAUAUACUUGUACAUUGUGUAUGAUUGUAUAUUUUAAAUUAUGAUUCUAGUUUAAUUCUGGGUAUGUUGCCAAAUUCUUGGCUUAACCUGAUCUGUCUUAACAUGUUUAUAUCAUUGAUUAAAGUCACAUAGUGUA